AUGAGCAGCCGUGGAGAGGCUGGGCUGCCAGCCCAGGCCAACCUUCGGGUGACGAUCAUCGCCGCCGAUGGCCUGUACAAACGUGACGUCUUCAGGUUUCCUGACCCCUUCGCCGUUGCUACAAUCAAUGGCGAGCAAACCAAAACGACCUCGGUCUCCAAGCGAACCCUGAACCCCUACUGGAACGAGAGUUUCGAUUUUCGAGUCAAUGAAGAUAGCAUACUCGCCGUUCAAGUUUUCGACCAGAAGAAGUUCAAGAAGAAGGACCAGGGCUUCCUUGGCGUCAUCAACAUCCGCAUUGGCGACAUCAUCGAAUUAGCGCCCGACGCAGAUGAUCAAAUGCUCACCAGGGACCUGAAAAAGUCCACUGAUAAUUUGGUCGUCCACGGAAAGCUUAUCGUCAACCUUUCCACUAAUCUGUCUAGCCCAGCCCGCGGUCAAGCAGCACCAUCUACCUCAGGCCGCCCUGGACUGCUUGCGCCGCAAGCCUCAAGUCUGUCCGCACCUGGAGGAGAUAGAGCAUCUGACAGACCAGCAUCCGCCAUGUCUGGGCCGAACGGAAAUCUGAAUGGCAGCAGCCAACAGCUGAACCUACCUCACCGGCCGGCCAGCAUGACUGCCCCCGGUGCAAACGGCAACGGAGCAGCGCAGGGCUCUCGACCGACAAGCACGCUCAGUCCGUUUGAGGAUGCUCAAGGUCGUCUCCCAGCUGGCUGGGAGCGUCGAGAAGACAAUCUUGGCCGAACGUAUUAUGUGGAUCAUAACACGAGGACUACGAGUUGGAACAGACCGACCGUAGCUGGAGCUGGCGAGAUGCGCCAUGAUCGUGAAGUGGCCACGCAGGUUGAGCGACAGAGACACCAGAACCGAACUCUACCCGAAGAUAGGACUGGUGCCAACUCGCCGACGCUCCAGCAGCAGCAGCAGCCGCAGCAACCCCAAUCAGCCGCCCAGAACGCUAACAACCAGACGAUGAUGCACACUGGAGCUACGAGUCCGGGAACCGGUGAACUUCCUCCCGGCUGGGAGCAGAGAUGGACCCCUGAGGGACGCCCGUACUUCGUUGAUCAUAACACGAGGACAACAACGUGGGUGGACCCGCGGCGCCAACAGUACAUCCGUAUGUAUGGUGGACAAAAUAACGCCAACGGUACCAUCCAGCAGCAGCCCGUCUCGCAGCUCGGCCCUCUACCCAGCGGAUGGGAAAUGCGGCUCACCAACACCGCUCGUGUCUACUUCGUGGAUCACAACACCAAAACCACCACCUGGGAUGACCCCCGACUGCCGUCUUCUCUCGAUCAGAAUGUACCUCAGUACAAGCGCGACUUCCGGAGGAAGCUCAUCUAUUUCAGGUCCCAGCCAGCUAUGCGUAUCUUGUCCGGGCAGUGCCAUAUUAAGGUUAGGCGUUCGCACAUUUUCGAGGACUCGUUUGCGGAGAUCUCUCGCCAGUCCGCUACUGAUCUCAAGAAACGCCUGAUGAUCAAGUUCGAUGGAGAGGAUGGUUUGGACUACGGCGGUCUUUCUCGAGAGUUCUUCUUCCUGCUGUCCCACGAGAUGUUCAACCCCUUCUACUGCCUUUUCGAAUACUCUGCACACGACAACUAUACCCUGCAGAUCAACCCCCACUCUGGCAUCAACCCCGAACACUUGAACUAUUUCAAGUUCAUCGGACGAGUCGUCGGUCUUGCCAUCUUCCACAGGAGAUUCCUCGACGCCUUCUUCAUUGGCGCUCUGUACAAGAUGAUGCUGGGCAAGGCGGUGCAACUGGCAGAUAUGGAGGGUGUCGAUGCCGACUUCCACCGAUCUCUUAAGUGGAUGUUGGACAACGACAUUUCCGGUGGAAUUCUGGAGCAGACUUUCUCCACGGAAGACGAGCGAUUUGGCGUUAUGACUGUCGAGGAUUUGAUACCCAACGGACGCAACAUCGACGUGACCAACGAGAACAAGAAGGAGUACGUCGACCUGAUGGUGAAGUGGAGGAUCGAGAAGCGCAUUGCCGAGCAGUUCCAGGCCUUUAAGGAGGGCUUCCACGAGCUCAUCCCGAUUGACCUGAUCAAUGUGUUUGAUGAGCGCGAGUUGGAACUGUUGAUUGGUGGUAUCGCCGAGAUCGACGUCGACGACUGGAAGAAGCAUACCGACUACCGUGGCUACACCGAGUCUGAUGAAGUCAUCCAGUUCUUCUGGCAGACGAUCCGGUCCUGGGACGGCGAGCAGAAGAGUCGUCUGCUGCAGUUUGCGACAGGUACCUCGCGUAUUCCAGUCAACGGCUUCAAGGAUCUGCAGGGCAGUGACGGCCCGAGGAGGUUUACUAUCGAGAAGGCGGGCGAGAUUACUAAUUUGCCAAAGGCACACACCUGUUUCAACCGCUUGGAUCUGCCUCCAUAUAAGAACCUGGAGAUGCUGCAGAACAAGUUGACGAUUGCGGUAGAAGAGACGAUGGGUUUCGGACAGGAGUAG